UGGCAACCUGGCAGCUCGUACGGAGACCGAUUGGCAAUCUGGCAAUGCGGAAAUAGAUCUGGCACCCCCCCACCCUCCCUUCCUCCCGAUCCCGGACUGAGGAGAGAGGCGUGACAGAGCCAGCAGAGAGGAGAGGGGAUUGCACUGACAAAGAUAAAAUAAGCAACACUUUUCUUUUCUCUCAGCUUUUUUUUUCUAUUUAAAAAAAAAAAAAAAAAUUCAAGUGCUCAGGUGAGCACGUCUGCACCGGCUGGGCUCCUCCGGCGGUAGUUUUUUUUUUUUAUUUGUCAAGUCUGAGAAGAAGAGGAGAGAGAGAAACAAGAAGAAGAAGAAGAAGAAGUGCGUUUGAUUAUCGUUUUGGAUCCCGGACUUCUUUACUGACUUUUUGCAUCAAGCAUGGAUGUGUUGGCGAAUUACAGUAUUUUCCAGGAACUCCAACUCGUUCAUGACACUGGUUAUUUCUCCGCGAUGCCUUCCCUGGAGGAGAACUGGCAGCAGACAUGUCUAGAGUUGGAGCGGUAUCUACAGACGGAGCCCAAGCGACUCUCGGAGCUCUUCGACGAGGAGCUCGACUGCCUCUUAACGCCGGCCUUCAUGCCGGGUGGUGACAGCGAUGAGGACCUGAUGGACCCCCUUCUCCCCAGCCUCCCCGACCAGCCCAGCCCACCUCCGUUACUGGUAACCCUCCCCAAGGUCCAGGCCAAAAUCCUCCAGGUCCCCAACCCCAACAAGAGCCAGGCAGUAGCUGGGACUGAAACCCUCACGGCCAAGGACCAGGUCCUCGGAGGAGUCAGCGCCGCACAACUUAGCGCAGCCGUCACGUCCCUAACACCGCCGUCAUCACCGGAGCUCGGCCGACACCUUAUCAAACCCACACAAACACUCACGGCGACAGCAGACGGCACAUUAACGCUUAAACUGGUGGCCAAGAAAGUGGGAUUAGGGGCAGCUAAGCUGGUGGCAGCGCGAGCGUUACCGUCCCCGCCGAGCCGAGGAGGAACUCUCAGCGACAGCGAGCAAGGAGGAGGAGGAAGUCUGGGAGGCGACGUACCAGAGAACAAGAAGAGAGUCCACCGGUGCCAGUUUAACGGCUGCAGGAAGGUUUACACCAAGAGCUCCCAUCUGAAGGCACAUCAGAGGACUCACACAGGUGAGAAGCCCUAUAAGUGCUCAUGGGAGGGCUGCGAAUGGCGUUUCGCCCGCAGUGACGAGUUGACACGACACUACCGCAAACACACCGGAGCGAAGCCAUUCAAGUGCAACCACUGCGACAGGUGUUUCUCCCGGUCAGACCACCUGGCCCUGCACAUGAAGAGGCACAUCUGAGAGCAAAAGGAAAAGGAGUGGGAGAGGAGGAGCAAGAAGAGGAGGAAGAAGAGGAGGAGGAGGAGGAGGAGGAGGAGGAGGAGAGAUAGGAGGAGAGAGGGAUGGGCAGUUGAGCUACCAACCGCCCGCCUCGUUCACCCCCAUCCAAAAACCAGUUGGCUCAGACAGCCAUCGGAGACGGGGAUAGGAAGAAAAUGAGGAGUAGCUAGAUUGUUGUUUUUCUUUAAAACUUACACACUCGCAUUUCACAAUAGGGAACACUUCACACCACUGUCUUUGAAUGCAUCAUCCUGGUGAACCCCGACCGCUCUCAUGCAGCAGCUCUGGGGGCUUGGACACUGCCAAACCAACAUAUACUUAACUCGCUUGAUGAAACAUUACGCCGCCUUCUUUUCUUUCUCUGUAUUCAGUGUGUUUAAAUUAUUGAGUCACUUUGGACGAGGAGACAAGGAAACUUUUAAAUAUCCAUAUAGUCAGCUGUUAGUGCUUUACCGGCUUUGGAAAUCAAAUACUCAACUUUUUUUCCUUUUUUCGUUGUUGAUGUUUCUCAUACUCGGAACAAAAGAAACCACCAUCUGCCACAGUCAGUUCCAGUAAUCUACGUGAAGAAAACAACAAUGCCAAAUCUGCAGGAGAGAGACUAUACGGAUUGACUCCUAGCUUGGCUGACAAUCGGACCCAGGGCUCUGACGCCGGGUGUUUCGGUGCAACCAUGGGACCCUCGGUCGGCGGGUGCCGCUGCAGCUCUCGGGCUCUCCUCCAGUGGGUGUUUGCAUCUCUCACCUUAACUGAGACGCCUGCCGCCUCCGCAGGCCAUCUGACAGAAAUGCGCAGCGACACUUUCUUCCCUUUUUUUCUACUUUAGAGGAUAAUAAUUCUUCUUAUUGUUGUUAUUAAAAAAAA